AUGAUAAAAAAAGCCAAAGACCUUAUGACACAAAAGCCACAAAGACACAAACCUGAUGACAAAGCAUUAAGCGAAAUCAGAAAAUACCAAAAAACCACAAAACUCCUUCUCCACAAAUUACCAUUUUCAAGAAUA